CGCUAUUGACGAGCUUUGUUGUUCACUUCUUCAAUCCUAACUCGAACUACACCACCCAAUUGCUUUGCUUUUGCUUUGGCAUUUAAUCGCGACCAUGUCUACCGAUAAGAUCACCUUUCUCACCAACUGGCAUGCUACGCCCUACCACGCCCCGCUCUACCUAGCUCAGGCUAGAGGUUACUUCCAAGAAGAAGGCAUCAAAGUGGCCCUUCUCGAACCCAAUGACCCCUCCGAUGUCACUGAGAUCAUCGGGAGCGGCAAAGUCGAUUUGGGAUUCAAGGCCAUGAUUCAUACCCUGGCUGCUAAAGCUCGAAACUUCCCAGUUUUGUCAAUGGGGUCGCUUCUCGACGAACCUUUCACGGGAGUCGUAUAUCUCAAGGACAGCGGAAUUACAACGGACUUCCGCUCCCUGAAAGGAAAACGUAUCGGAUAUGUCGGAGAAUUCGGCAAGAUUCAAAUCGAUGAACUCACUAAGCACUACGGCAUGUCUGCUAGCGAUUAUACUGCCGUUCGCUGUGGCAUGAACGUCACCAAAGCCAUCAUCAAUGGCACUAUCGACGCCGGCAUUGGCCUGGAAAAUGUGCAAAUGGUUGAACUCGAAGAAUGGCUCGCGUCCCAGGGACGUCCCCGCGAUGAUGUGCAGAUGCUUCGCAUCGACGAGCUCGCCGAGCUCGGAUGUUGCUGCUUCUGUUCGAUCCUGUAUAUUGGAAACGAGUCCUUCAUCUCCCAAAACCCAGACAAGGUGCGGAAAUUCAUGCGGGCUGUCAAGAAGGCUACCGACUACGUUCUGGCAAACCCUGCCGCUGCUUACGAGGAAUACAUCGAUAUGAAACCGAUCAUGGCCACUCCUGUCAACCGUAAGAUUUUCGAACGCUCCUACGCGUAUUUCAGCAGGGACUUGAAGAAUGUGGCUCGUGACUGGGAGAAGGUUACCAACUACGGUAAGAGAUUGGAGAUCUUGGACGCCGGGUUCAAGCCGAAUUACACGAACGAGUUCUUGACGUGGGACCUGGACGCAGAGUCUGCUGAUCCCACCGGCGACCAGAAGAGAAUGUGUGCGUUGCAGAAGCAGGUUGCACGCGAAGGUGGAUUUAGGAGAGUGGAGGUUACUACCACUGCGUAGUCUGUGUCAGCAGAUUUCCGCAUUUCUAUUGUAGUAGGACUUUUCUCUCCUUAAUGUUCUCGGUCCUUACGGUGUAGAUCUACGAGUUGUCUAGUUAAGAAAUCGAAGAAGAGAGGAAAUUUGAGAAUAA